CUGUGACUGCCAGACCCCCGGCUGUGCUCUCUCUGUCCUCCACCAUGCGGGUAACAGGUGUGAUCCGGCUUGUGCUGCUGUUCAUCACCCUGCUGGGCAUGUGGUUCAUCAUGAAGACGUACUUCCACCACAGCUGGAAAGCCGUCAGCCUGCGCAGCUGGCUCGGUGCCACGAACAAGCCCAGCAGUGAGAGGCUGCCCCGGCACAAGUGUGGGAACCAGAAGAGCUGCCCCCAGAAUUAUUUUGCCUUCAAGAUCAUCAGUGGUGCAGCAAAUGUGGUGGGACCCUCAAUCUGCUUCGAAGACUUGGUCCUCAUGAGCAGCGUGAAAAACAACAUUGGCAGAGGCCUGAACAUUGCACUGGUGAAUGGAACAACUGGGCAGCUCCUGAAAACCAACACGUUCGACAUGUUCUCUGGAGACAUUACCAAGCUGCAAACCUUCCUCCAAGGGAUCAAGCGUGGCACUCUUGUGCUGACAGCCAGCUACGAUGAUGCUGCCACAAAGAUGAACGACAAAGUGAGGGCGUAUUUCACAGAGCUGGGCAGCAGCCACGUGGGCGAGCUGGGCUUCAGGGACAACUGGGUAUUCUUGGGAGCAAAAGGGCUGAUGAACAAGAGUCCCUUUGAAAAGCACAUAAAAAAUGAUCAGGAGACAAAUAAAUAYGAGGGCUGGCCUGAGCUGCUGGAGAUGGAGGGCUGUGCCCCCAGGAAGAUGGAUUAGCACCAAGMUCCAGCCUGCCCCGGAGGGCAGCUUCCACCAGUCACACAGGAGCCCCGGCUCCAUUGUGGGGAUCCCAGGCUCUCCAGUGCCAGGUCACAGAGCCCAGCAGCUGCUGCCUGCCCACAGCAACUGCCUGUUUCACACCAGGAACUGUGCAAGGCUUGGAGAAGAGCUGCACAAGCACCUGAGAAAACACGUCGCCAGGUUGCAGCCAAGCCAUCCUCAUCUACGGGUCAAUCUGGGGUAUUUUAUUUUUCUGUCUUUAAACAAAAAACUUUGUAGGUUUUGUAAAUUUCUUAAAUGAUAUUUCUAAUUAUAAAGCACUACCUUCUCAYUUCCAUUUUCAAGCACAAUCCAUGCUUUCCCCC